AUUUCUCCUCUACCACUCUGCAUCCGAUUUUCUCGCUUUUCUCCAAUUCAACCCCCCAAAACGAUGCCUUUUUGCCGCGUCGGGCACUACCAGAACGCCGGCGAUGCCGGAGGUAACAAUGGAAUCGGGAUUUACUAUAGAACCUAUGGCCACGGACCCAUAAAGGUUCUUCUCAUCAUAGGAUUGGCGGGGACCCAUGACUCUUGGGGCCCACAAAUCAGGGGGCUGACCGGAACGGAAAGGCCAAAUGAUGAUGAUGAUUCUGGCGCCGAUGGGAGGGGUCCCGGUGAGGAUGGAGAUGGUGGAUGCAAUGGAGCUAUUGAAGUCUGUGCAUUUGAUAAUCGUGGAAUGGGUCAGAGCUUUGUACCCACCAAAAAAUCAGAAUAUACAACAAAAAUUAUGGCAAAAGAUGCAAUAGCUUUAAUGGAUCAUUUGGGUUGGAGGAAAGCUCACAUUUUUGGGCAUUCAAUGGGAGCUAUGAUAGCUUGCAAGUUGGCAGCAACCGUGCCUGAUAGAGUUCUGUCUUUGGCUUUACUGAAUGUAACAGGUGGUGGUUUUGAAUGUUUUCCAAAGCUUGACCGAAAGACUCUAUCGAUCGCAAUCCGUUUCUUGAAGGCAAAAACUCCUGAGCAAAGGGCAGCUGUUGACUUAGAUACUCAUUACACAGAGGAAUAUCUUGAGGAAUUCAUUGGACCUAACACGAGAAGAGAUAUUUUGUAUCAAGAAUAUGUGAAAGGUAUAUCAUCGACUGGGAUGCAAUCCAAUCAUGGUUUUGAAGGUCAAAUUAAUGCAUGCUGGACACAUAAAAUGACAAAAGCAGAACUUGAAUUGAUCCGCACGGCUGGGUUUCUUAUAUCAGUUAUUCAUGGCAGAUAUGACAUCAUUGCUCAAAUAUGUCACGCAAGGCGACUUGCAGAGAAGCUUCAGCCUUGUGCUAAAAUGAUUGAGCUUCAUGGAGGACAUCUAGUGAGCCAUGAGAGGACUGCAGAGGUCAAUCAAGCUCUUCUUGAGUUGAUUAAUGCAUCAGAAACAAAGAUUAGCCCGCAUGAUUGGACAAAUUUGACCAAGGAAACCUCUGGGUGCCUAGUCACCUGGAUGUCACGUAGAAGAACCGAUGCCGAUGGAGAAAGCAGUCCAUGUUUCUUGUUUUCAAUUCUAGAAAAGCUUCAUCUUUGCAUAAUGUACCUGUUUGGUCUCUUCAUGUUGGCACUGGAGCAUGGAAGAAGAGCUUUGAGACGUAUAAAACCAGUUAGAGUUGGAGCUUCCGUCAAAUAAGCUGAUGGACUAUAUUAGUUUCUGAGCCCAGAAACAUCGGCUUUCUGAUUUAAGCAAUCGACCCAUCAUACUGCCUGCUUGGCAAAGUUAUGAAGAACACGAUGAACUGAACCGACCAGAUUUUCUGUGACUAGAUUUCCAUCCAACAACAAUGGAGGGAGAUCAGAAUGGCCAGUAUGUACUAACACUGAAAGGGGAGGGUUUGCAGGAAGAGGAUGGCAGACAAAAAGCAUCCCUCUCUCCUUCACCUUGUGGUUCUAUGUACCAUCAUUCAUGAAUGGUUUUAUACUAAGCUUAAAAAGAUUAUCUCACUUGUAGAUUUUUGAAUCUCUAUACAUCUACGAGUCUAGUCCAUAAAAAUAAAAAAUAAAAUAAAACUUACAAUUGUGUUUU